CAAAACAAAUAAAUUUAAGAAGCGACUCCCCCACGGCCCUACCUAGCAGGCUUCAGCUGAGUAGGCUGUCCUAUUCCCUCUUUCUUCGAUUAGUGUUCAUUUCCACCGAUAAUCUCAAGAAUUUCUGGGUUUCCACCGUUCUUCAAUUACUCUUAUAUAUAUACCUCCCUCUCUGCUAUCAUCUCAUCUUCUCCCGUAGAAAGUUCUUAGCUUUUCCUGAGACAUAGAGGUUUCAUCCCUUGGCUCUGGAUAGCUUCAACACCUCAAUCUUCAUAAACAGUAUACUAAAGAUAUUAUAGAUGGUUCGGGAAAGUUAUUCUAGCUUUGAAUCACCCAGGAGAAAAUCUUCUGGGCUAUUGAGAGACCAAGUCCAGAUAGUGAAAAGAAGGGAUUGUGAUCGUUAUGAGAUUGUCCCAAUUGAAGAUACCCUUUCAUUUGAAAAGGGAUUGUUCGUUGUGGUCCGAGCAUGCCAGUUGCUGGCUCAAAAGAAUGAGGGGAUCACAGUUGUGGGAGUGGCUGGUCCAUCUGGUGCUGGAAAGACUGUUUUCACUGAAAAUAUAAUGAACAUCAUGCCCACUACAACUGCUGUCAUCAACAUGGACAACUACAAUGAUCCAAGUCGCGUUAUUGAUGGCAACUUUGAUGAUCCACGCUUGACGGAUUAUGGAACAUUGAUUGAAAAUAUCCAUGGCUUAAUAGCUGGAAAGCCUGUUGAAGUUCCUAUAUAUGACUUCAAAUCUAGUUCUCGCAUUGGAUACAGGACAGUUGAAGUUCCAAGUUCUCGAGUAUUAGUCAUUGAAGGAAUUUAUGCUUUGAGUGAAAAGCUGCGGCCUUUGAUAGAUCUUCGUGUCUCAGUCACUGGCGGAGUGCACUUUGAUCUUGUCAAACGGGUCCUUAGAGACAUUCAACGUGCUGACCAAGAGCCAGAAGAAAUAAUCCAUCAAAUCUCUGAAACGGUAUAUCCAAUGUACAAGGCUUUCAUUGAACCAGAUCUAAAGACAGCCCAUAUAAAAAUCACGAACAAGUUUAAUCCGUUCGCUGGGUUCCAGAACCCCACCUAUGUUUUGAAGUCUACAAAGAUGGUAACAGUGGAUCAGAUCAAGGCUAUUCUUAGUGAGGAACACAAAGAAACUAAAGAGGAAACAUAUGAUAUUUUCCUCUUGCCACCAGGUGAAGACCCUGAAGCUUGUCAAUCAUAUUUGAGGAUGAGGAAUAAAGAUGGCAGAUACACUCUCAUGUUUGAGGAAUGGGUGCAGGAUAGUCCUUUCAUUAUAUCACCCAGAAUCAGUUUUGAAGUCAGUGUGCGACUUCUUGGUGGCUUGAUGGCCCUUGGGUACAACAUUGCAUCCAUCUUGAAACGGAAUAGUCAUAUCUUCUCUGAUGAUAGAGUUUGUGUUAAAAUUGAUUGGUUGGAGCAGCUAAAUCGCCACUAUGUUCAGGUGCAAGGAAGAGACCGUUUGUAUGUCAAACAUGUUGGUACACAGCUGGGGCUGGAAGGUUCAUACAUUCCCCGCACUUAUAUAGAACAAAUUCAACUGGAAAAGCUUGUGAAUGAUGUUAUGGCUUUGCCAGCUGAUCUGAAGACAAAACUGAACAUUGAUGAUGAUACAGCAGCCAUGAGCCCAAAAGAGGCCGUGUAUCGGGCCUCUGCAGAUAGGAGAAACAAGUUUCUUAAUCGUGGGAUGUCGCUCUCAUUUUCAAAUUCACGCGAGAAACAUAUGAGAAAGCUCACUAAGCUUGAAGUAAAUAACAGCAGAUAUGAUGGAAGAACUCCCGAUUCGCCAGCAGUCGCUAAUCAGGUUGCCAUGACUCGCCUCUCAGAACAGAUCUCUACAUUGGCAGAGCGAAUGGAUGAGUUCACAUCCCGGUUGGAAGAGCUUAACGUGUCUGCAAGAAGUUUUUCUGCAAGUGAGCAAAAUUUGACGGUUUUGCCUGAAGUGAUUAGCAACAGCACUGCGCCAACUUCCCUUUUUGCGGCUGGUUUGGGAAAUGGGUCGUUGAAUGGUGGUUCCAUGUUAAAUCAUUCGGCAUCAUCUUCUCAAUUGGCUAGGGAUCCUCUCAUGGAAGAGGUUUUUCGAGUUUCAAGGGGGCAACUUGAGAUAGUUAAUCAGCUACAGGUUUUGGGCGAAGCUAUACGCGAGAGAUACAGGGAGAG